AUGUGCUUUAAUUUGCCUAACAUAAAUAAGGAAGGUUAUUUAUUUAUAAUCAUUUUCUUUGUAGUAUCGUGUAUAGCGUUUUCCAUAUCAUGGGGACUGGGUGUUACAUGUUUAUUUCCAACAUUAUUGUGCAUUUAUUUUUUUCGUGACCCAACAAGAGCUGUUCCAAAUAAUAAGGAUCUCAUAUUGAGUCCUGCUGAUGGCGUAAUCUCAUCAAUUGAAGAAGUUAGCUAUAGUUUACCUGGGGAAAAUGCAGAAGAGAAAAAAUUUACUUGUGUUAGUAUAUACUUGAGUAUUUUAAAUGUACAUGUAAAUCGCAUACCAAUAUCUGGUUCAGUAAAGGAUAUAAGCUAUAAGAAAGGUAGGUUUGUAUCUGCAAUCAGCAAUAGAUCAAGCAAUGAAAAUGAAAAGCAAAUUAUUGUAAUUCAGUACCAAGAAGGAAAAGAGAUUAUCGUAGAACAGAUAGCUGGGUUUGUAGCAAGGCGUAUUGUCUGUAAUUUAAAAACAUCUCAAAGUGUGAAAACCGGUGAAAGGUUUGGUAUUAUAAGGUUUGGUAGUAGAGUUAAUAUUUUUAUUCCUUCUGAAAUAAAAGUUAAAGUAUCCAAAGGACAAACAAUGGUAGGUGGUGAAACAGUUAUAGCAAGCUUAAGUGAUGAUAAUACUGAAGAAAAUCUAACUUUUGAUACUAUAUAA